AUGCACCAUUGCAGCAUAGACAUUACGCUCCAUUCUCAGUUGGAUAUCGAAAAGCUUCCUGAGUAUCGCCCCAAUCCCAGAGAUGAUCACGGGAUCACAAGGUUCAUGCCAAAGCCUUUCGAAAGCAAGACUUCAACAUGUAGUGUGUUUGUGCCCGCUCUACCAGGCACCGCGUUCUGGAUAAGCUAUGCCGUUUCGCCGCCAGUUCCCGAUGAGCACUACUUCUUCUUCAAGCUAUAUAUCGACGGCGCGCACAUUGUAAGUUGGUCGACUGGAAAAGCAGAGGGCUGGCAAGGUAAAACUAUGUUUGGCCUAUUUGAGAGUUCCGAAGAUGCAGAGGGGGUUAAGAAGAUCGAGAAACGUGUGCUGUGUUUCGCACCCCCGAGGGAAAAUGAUAGACACCGGGUAGGCAUAAUGGAUGUGUUUGACGAGACAGCUUGCGUGGAGAUACGAGUGCAUCGUGCACAUGCCAGAAAGCGGAUUCAGAGGCAGGUAGAGAUAUACGAGGAUACACUACAUGCAAAGGAGGGUAGAGGGAUCAACCUCGUCAACGCUGGACGGGCCGGGCCAGAACAACCUAAACGCUUCUACAAAUUCGCUCUUAUCGAUCCGGUGGACCGACCUUUCGCAACGUUCCGAUACUAUUACCGCACUCGAGACCAACUGCGAGACCUGGAGGUGCUUCGCUCAGAACAUAACGGAAUUGGAGAGGAGAACGACCUUUUGGUGAUUGAGCCACAUGACGCAAGUGUACGCAGUAUUAGUACAGACCAGGAGACUCACAGUUUAGUCAACAGUGGACUACAGAAUGAUUUUGGAAUAGACAAAGGAGAGACUAAUACAACAAAAAACUGGAAUACAAUCAGCAACAAAGACACAUCAGCGGCAACUGCCCAAGCAUCCAAAUGGCAGCCGCGUACAUAUGUCCCGCACGUUACUCCCAGCCCCAGGGUAGAAGAACUAGAUGAACAGUCCGACAAGCAAGCGUUACAGAGGGAUAGCUUCAUGCCCAAACCGCCACCAUCUUACCGUUUGUCUAUUCCACCUUCUAUCAAAUUAGAGCCUACGAAACCGACUAUUCGACCGCUCCCCAGUCUUCCACAAAGAAAUGUUUCUCGGGUACAUCCCAUUUACCAUCCUAACCCAGUGUUUGCCAUGGGCGACCGGACUAUGCGUACUCACAGUCCUGCGAAACCGUCAGGAGAAGAAACACUUACAUCGUCAUCAAAGGAAUGUACGGGGCGAGGUCGCAUGGAAUCUUCGUUGAUGAACGCCAUUGCGUCUGUAUGGAAGCAUCGAAGUCGGCAAACACCACGUGCGGUAGCAUCGACUAACAAUAUGUAG